AUGUCGACCUCCACCAGCUCCGACGAGAUCCUGCACGAGGUCACCAAUGGGGUGGCCAUAGCUACCCUGAACAGACCAAAAGCUCUCAAUGCCCUCAACACAAACAUGGCAUUCUGCGCCGGGGGCGAUGUUAAACAGGUGGCGCAGCGAGCGAUGGCCGGCGACACGCAGGCGGGGUCUGACUUCUUCCAGACCGAGUACCUGCUGGACCACCUCAUCCACACCCUGCGCAAGCCCCACGUGGCCCUCAUCGACGGCAUCACCUUUGGCGGCGGGGCCGGGGUUUCGGUGCACGGCACCUUCCGCGUGGCCACGGAGAGGACCCUUUUUGCCAUGCCAGAGUGCGCCAUUGGCCUGUACCCCGACGUGGGCGGCUCCUUCUACCUGCCCAGGCUGCCGGGCGGGACAGGCCUGUACAUGGCCCUCUCCGGCGCACGGCUCAAGGGAGCGGAUGUGAAGCAUGCCACGCUGGCCACACACUACCUCCCCUCUGCGCUGCUGCCGGAGCUGGAAGCGGCCAUCCAGGGGCUGGGGCAUGGGGCCUCCAAGCAGAGCAUCGGCGAGCUGCUGGACAGCUUCCAGGCUCGCACACAAGUUCCAGCCGGGGAGCUGGCCGCCCAGAGGCGGGACAUUGACGCCGCAUUUGUUGGGCGGAAAAGUGUGGAGGAGGUUUAUGCAGCACUGGAGCAACAUGCUAACCAGACCUGGGCAAGGGGGGUGCUCCACCUCAUAUGCAAGGGCUCUCCCACGAGCCAGAAGGUGACCUUUGAGCAGUUGAGGAGGGGCGCCGCUCUCCCCAACCUGGCCCAGUGCCUGUCGAUGGAGAAUCGCAUGGUGCACAACGUUCUACUGAACCCCAGGAGCGACUUCGUGGAGGGUGUGCGGGCGAUGCUCAUAGACCGGUGCAACAAGCCGCAGUGGAACCCAGCCACGCUCGCAGAGGUGACGGACGAGUAUGUGCAUUCCUUCUUCGAGAGGCCAGCAGGCAUUCCCGACCUCAACCUUCCCACACACGGCAGUGCAAAGCUCUAG